CGCCUUAGUGUUAGUUUCGCUUUCGAGGUCCUGCCUAUAUAUGACAUUGCCCGUCGAGUGGUUCACAGACCGAUCUGCUUCUUUCUCACAAUUUCAUCGUCAUAAUGUCUCCAGGUUUCCUCCACCUCGCUCUACUUCUGUCACUGUUGUGCCUUGCUGUGGGUGCGCCUGUUCAGGAGGAAAUGCCUGAGGUUAAAUCCGUUGUUGGUGCGGAUUGUACUCUUCAGUGUACCGCUAAAUCCAAGCCUGGUGUCCAGUACAGCGCCCUGAGAUGGUACAAGGUCAAAGAGGCUCCGGCGCCUGGUCUUAGCGGCCUUUUGACCCGAGACCUCACCACCGGCAUGACGCGACUGUACAGGGGCGUGGAGCGAGAAGUGGAGCUGCUGACAGAGUCUAGCAGCAUCUUCCUGCCUAGCGUGACGUGUGCUGACCGUGGCGUGUACAGCUGUCACCUGGCAGCACCUGUGGGGGAGCAGAACCAGGAUGGAGAGGUCCUUCUCAACGUGACAGAUUGUGCUGACACUCCCACGGAAAACCAGACAAUCCCGAUGACAGAUGCUUACAUGGUUAUUAUUGCAACAGCGGUGCUGAUGGUUGCACUUGUCAUAUUCAUAAUAAGCUAUGUUAGCCUGAAGAAUACCAUCAAAGGCAAAAACAAGACAACAAAUAAAGAAAGGUUAUUGAACGCAUCGCUCAAACCUCUUGAAAAAAAGGACUUAAUGAUGAUCUAUACAUUGGGUCCUAAACCCACGAUGAAGCAUGUCUGCGUUUAAAGACAAAGCCUGUGCAGAAAAAUCCUACUGCAGGAGAAAUAAUUCCAGGACGACUCCACAAAAUAGCUUCUUUGAUAUCUAUAACUGGUCGUCAGUUGGUGCCACUCGUAUGAAAAACAGAUGAAAAUCUCCAGAUUUGACUGAAACAAUGAAAAAUUCCUCCAACGAAAAGUCCAGUUUAAUUAGACAACUCAUAAUCACGAUCGCAGACUUCUUUUCCAUGAUGCCCUCUAAUCUAAACAUCAGCUGAGGACGAGGACCAACUCGUAGAAAACCCUUCAGAAGCUACAACAAAUGUGGACACAGAGCGGGGUCUUCCUAACCCGGACUGCCAGGAAGCACAGAGUUAAGCACAGGCCGGUGAAUCUAGAAGAGGCCAGGAGGAGGAGGUAGCAUGGUUGCAUCUCCUGUCCACAUGCUGAAGUUUCCUUGGGCAAGACACUGAACCCCAUCUUGCUCCUGAGGGUCAGGCCAGCACGCAUCAGUGUGUGAGUGAGUGUGAAUGAUUAAAGAUGAACUGUUGGGCUGUUUCUUCCCAUCUAUGUGCAGUGUACGUGUAUCAAAACACCUUAAAGAGACAUCUGCUGAACAGCGGCCACUGUGGCCACAAGAGGCAUCUACGGCAUGAGAGUAAAAUUUAAAGUGUAGUGUACGGCAAUUUAUACUUCUGUUAGAUAUCGUAGCGAUGAAGAAGACAAAAGUUAACACAGUGGUACAUAGAACAUAGUGGAACAUGGUUGUUGUGCUUUUUGUGCCUCUCGAGUUCAGGGGGCUUUAAGACAGAUCUUCUCUUUGCCUUGUUGCUGUAGCUGCAUUUCGCACAUGAUUAUUCGGUCACAUCACUUUAUUUUAUGCUCUUGUCAAGAUCACAACCUUUGAAACGAAUGCUGAAUCUGAAUUGCAGGAUGUCGAGGUGAAUUGUAGGAAGUUGUGCAGGGUAAAAUUAGGGACCAUGACUGAGGAUGAAUGAACAAGGACAGGAAGUAGAAUUACAAUCCAGUUAGUGUGUCCAGGUGUGACGGAUAAAGGAGUGUGGAUCUUGGAAUUGAGAUGAAUGACAUUAAAGCUACAAACAGAGGGACUAGAACACCCCUCUGCAUGAUACCGUAUACCUUUUGUUGUUUUUAAGUCUCUAAAAGUUCUCAUUUGUUAUUUGUAUGUGCAUGUACCAAAUUGUUUUUUUAUUCUUUGUAUUUUUUUUAUAGCUUUAUAUGUAAUUUAAUGUUGCAUUAAAACUUGACUUGACUUGACUUACUGUGACUUCUGAACUUGUAAAAACAUAAAAUCAAUUGAAUUUAAAAGGUUUUUAUCUAUUUCAUAUUUGAACAGCAGAAAAUCAGGAAAUCAGAUUCAAGAUUCCACAUCUGCAGAAGAAAUGUGUCUGUUGCAAAGACCAGUGUGGACAGAGCUGUAAAAAUGGCUUGCAAACUGAACAUAGUUUGUACGUUUAUAUCUUUUUUUAUCACGUGCGGAGGUGAAAAACUCCUACCCACGUGUUGCAGCAGCUUUAAUUCCCCUCAAAAAACUGAACUGAAUGACAUUUUCUUACACCUCUGCUCUCGGCUACAUAAAUAAUCUCUGACCUUUAUUUUGAAACUGGGAAACUCCCACAGCGAGCCAUGUCAUUUACUGUCGGGGCUUUUUUGUAAUUUAGCACUUCUUCUUUGAAAACAGUCUGAAAUGCACAUGACAUGUUUUUAUUUGUGGAGCUACAAAGAAUAACAACAGAUAUACCUAUGUCACAAUGUCUUAUUUAUAUUAUUAUAUCUUUAAUGUCAAAGACUGCUAAGUUACCUGGCUCAGUUUAAGAAUAUUGUAUGUAGAUUUCUGUUUUAUAAGACUUUUUAGUGGUAAAAAUGUAAAACUAAAGAAUGGACAGAGGAGUACACUGAGGAAAUGAAGGCCCGUUGCUUAGAGUUCACCUCACACCUGCAAAAAGAAUGAAAAGUGUGUAGUACUGUGUGUUAUAUAUAGGAUUUGGGGCUUUUAGCAUGUUGAAAUGCCAGACAGUGAGACACUUUGAAGGCAGAUGGUUCUUGUUGUUAUUGUUGUGUUCUUUAUGAGCCAAUAGAAGAGAGAAAUGGAUCUUAUGAUUCUGAGAUCAGUUAUGAAUUGAGAAGAGAAAGCUACUGGUGCUUGUACAACUUUGGUUUGUUGACUUGUCUGAAACAGUGCUGACAGUGUAGUGGGUUUUUCUCAGGAGUUUUUUCAAGGCAUAAAUGUUGACUAGGCUUAUUCAGGGUUACACGAGUUACCUAUGUGAUUGUGUUUGUUGUUUAUCUGCUGUACUGUGCAUUUCAGGUUUUCAUGACAGGAAAUUAAAGCAGUAGCUUGUAUAUGACAGAAAUAAUGUGUUUAUAGGGGAAGUCCAUCUAAAGUGCUGCUAUGAGUUUCUAUUCUGCAAAAUGGAUCUGUUUUCAGGUCAGUGAAAGGAAGUUUUCUUCCAAAAAACAUAAAGGCAUAAGGAGAAAUAACUCAUAACAUGUCUCCCUCACUGGGUUUUAACUAAAUAUCAUGUCUUGUAGUUUUAGUAGUAUACUAGUAGUGUAAUAUGCCUAUUUAAUAACAACUAAACUGUUAAAUGUAUUUGGAUGAGCUGCAUUUACAUCAUUAUCAAGUUUUGGCAAAAGCUGGACCACAAUAAAACAAUUUUAACCUCUCACAGUGCACAUUUUUAUUACCCUCCAAUUGACAUAUUAGCAUUUCAGAGAGACAGUGUUAGGAUGUAAAACACUUCCAGAUUUGAAAGUGGUCGUCAGAAGAGACAGGUUUCUCUUCAAAAAUGGCGCCCAAAUUGAAGCAGACGAGGUCGAGAUGUCCUGACUUUUAGUUGCUCGUGUAGGUAAAGCUCCAAAAAAACCCUGGAUACAACAUUUGAAUUGUAAUCAUGAGAAGAAAUCUGACCUUCAUAUGUAUAAUUGGUGGAGUUCCCCUUGAACUAAAUGAAAGAAAUUGUGCUUAAAGGUCACAGAACAGUGACCUUUCCAUCCUACUGUUUAUUGUUUUGAAAUCUACAGCAGCCCACAAAGCAGGCAUGUGGUUUUAAUCACUAAGGUGGUAUGGUUUAUUCUCAGUUUCAUUAUUGUUGUUGUUGUUGUUAUUGUUUUCUUUCUUCAUUUAUGUUCCACUUUUUUGUUAAUAACUGAUGUAAAUUUUGAAAUGAUUUUGGGUAUGACGACACGCAUGUUAAAAAAUACUUUGGAAAGCAGAUAGAUUAUUUAAAAUUAUUGAUUUGUGGACAGGGUGUGGGAUUAAAUACGUUCUUCUCUUCCCCUCACUCCCUUUUGAAUAUGUAAACAAAUUGACAAAUGUUUCAAAAAAUUUCCUUUUGGCUGUAAUUAUUAUUAUUAUUGAUUUAUUAUAUCAUUAUUUAAUCAUUUUGGUUUGUUUCAAUUAUUCUUUCUAGUCUGAUGUUUCUGUUUUACACAUAUUCACAAUAAACACUUAAAAUGAAAUGGA